AUGCCAAAAUACAGGGCAAAGCAACAAACAGUUAUUAUCUUAAAGAAGUUGCAUAAAAUCAGAGAAUUUAUAGAGAAGGAAAAUAAAAGUUUGGUACAAUCUUUAUUAACAAGCGCAGAUGAGCUGUUAAAAAAUAUUUCAGAAGUUCUUGAAGAGGAAGUUGAUGCAGAGUUGGAGAAGAUAGCUGCUGUAGAGGAUCUUGAGCAGAAUCUUCAAGUCAACAGAUAUUUACAUAAGUGUAGCAAUACAUUGCCAAAGCUUAAAUCAAAGAAAGAAAAAUCUGCUUUCCUCAAAGACCUAGAUGCAGAUGGGUUCAAAGAAGAAAUCACAAUGUCCAAAAGCUUGUUUAAUAAGCUAUACAGAAUAAUCAAAGACUAUUCUUUAUAUAAGUCACUAAAAGAACAUAAGCAGACUGAUAUAAAGCUUCAAUUAGUUUUAGUCUUGGAGAGAAUAGGCUCAGACAGGAAUGCUGUAUCCUAUAAGCGCAGUAUCUCAAACUUCACAGUUUUUUUCUUUAAGAUAAUGCUAUCAAUGGAAAACAGUACAUUUUUUGGCUGUCAGAACUUGAGAAGACAGCAACAAUAA